CCGACGUGGGGAGCUCGACGCUGACGCUGGUCGACGAGCCGCUGGAGGAGGCGGCGUCGGAGCCGCGCAGCCGCGAGGGCAGCGUCGAGUUCGACCACCGCGCCAGCACGUCCACGCUGCACGGCUCGCCCGUCAAGGAGAUCGACGUUGAGGAGGAGUUUGUCGGCGCCGCACGGACUGAGGCGAAGAAGGAGGAAGUGGUGCUGGUUCAGACGACCGUCACCAGGUCCGUCUCCGCGAAGACGGCCGUCGUGCACGACCGGCUGGAGCGGGUCAGUGGCUCACCGCCCAAGAUCCAGGAGGACGGGGCGUGGCGGCGGUUCGCCUCACCGACGGACUCCGGCGGCCAGAGCCCGGGCGCAGCGGAAGAGCUGCGCGACCUCUCCAAACUCCGUCAGUCCACCAAGCCCAGCGUGAAGUCGCUGAAGGAGCGCUGGCAGAUGCUGAGCGACGGUGGCGACGCGCCGAGCCCGGUCAGCCGUUCGUCGAGUGUGCGCUCUGAGCGGUCCGAGCUGACGCCUCGCGAGCCGGGCGGCUCGCCCGACCCGCCGGCCGCGCCGCCCGCCAAGGACGCGCCCACCAGCGUGCGAGACGUAGUCGACCGCAACUGGCCGAGCAUCGAGAGCGAGCGCGCCGACAUCGACCGGAAGCUGAGCACGCCCAGCUACGGCGAGGCGGCGGCCCAGUUGCGCGAGAGGCGCGGCCGUCCGUCCUCACGGCCCCAGAGCUGGGUCGAGAGCGAGCGCGAGCUGAAGCUGUUCGAAAUGGGCAGCAUGCUGGUCGGCAGCGCCGUCAGCACGUCCUCGAGCCAGGAGAACAUCAUGGACGCUCUGGACAGCACCAAGUCGCCGAGCGGCUCCACCAGUAGCCUGCUGGAGAUGCUGACGGCCAACCUGAAGCGGACAGCGCGCUCGCGGCACGUGCUGAGUGUGAGUGACCUUCGGAGGGCCUUCGAGCGCUCGGACGGCCGCGCCUGCCACAGCCACAUGACGCCACUAGACUCGAACGGCAGCGAAAGUCCGGCCGGCCCGACGGCAGCCGGCUCCAUGGUGUCACUGACCUCCACCAAGGACCACUACGGCAGCAUCACCUCGCUGGCCUCCUCCACCAGCCUCAUCUCGCCGCACGAGCUGCAGCAGCUGAUUGAGGAGGCUAACCAGAGCCUGGAGGAGGCCGGCACACCCUCCCACGAGAUCAUCGUGGCGGUGGUGCACCGCGAAAUGCUGGGUGGCAGCAUCGGCAUCACGCUGGCCGGCGGCGCCGACUACGAGAACAAGGAGAUCUCGGUCAACAAGGUGAUCACGGGCUCCGUGGCUGACCGAGACGGUCGGAUCAAGAAGGGGGACCGCGUCAUCUCCAUCAACGGCCGCUCCAUGAAGGGCACCACCCACCGUGAGGCGCUCAACACGCUCAAGGUAUGCCCGCAACCGGAGCCGGCCGGCGUCGCCAACAUGGAGCGUCCUGUGGAGUGUAGCGCCUGA